AUGAAGUUUCCCCGGGGCUGUGACUGUGACUAUGACUGUGGCCGUGACCGCUCUGCCCGCCGCCGGCCGCCCGCCCUCCGCGCCGCCGUCCUGCCGCCGCCGCUACUGCUGCUCUUGCUGCUGCCGCGGGCCGCCGCCGCCCCGCUGCCCGCCGCCGACUCCUCGGGGGAGGCCGAACUGGAGGAGGCGGUGGCGCGGCGAGCGGCACUGCCAGACUCGGUGCGGCUGGCACGGCUGCUGCACGACCGGGCCACCCAGCUGCAGCAGGAGAUGUGCGAGAAGUUUACCGUCUGCGAGAACAGCAUGGAAAUGCUCCUCCGGAACGACCUCAACCUCCCCAAAGUGACAGAGGAAGAUGGGUGUCUGCUCACCGGCUUCGAUGAGGAUAAAUGCUUGAGGAAAAUCUCCAGUGGGCUUUACACAUUCCAGACAUACCUUGAAUACAUAAAAGAAACUUUUGCUAGUGAAAAGCAAAAUGUUGAAUCAUUGUGCUAUAGCACAGAGCACCUGGCACAUACCAUAAGACAGAUGGUGAUCAAUCCUGAUGAAGUGAUGAUCCCAGACCCAGCUACCCGGGAAUCCCUCCGUGCAAAGCUGAGGUCCAGUAAGACCUGGAUAGAGAAAAUAACCACCCACCUCAUCCUCCGAGACUUUACUUCAUUUAUGGAGAAAACCGUGAGGGCCGUUCGCUAUUUGAAAAAUACCAGGAGUUUCAGUGCCUGA